CAUCGAUUCCGGAUGCGGCGGCUCGGCCGCCAUUGCCCUCGGCGGCGCCUGCAGCAGCAAGCGCAAGGUCCCACGCCAGGCAGGCAUCGCUUGCAGUUGCCUCGACCAGCGCCGCGCCGUCCAGCGUCGACACAGCGUUGCCGUAUACAGGCAGUCGCUCGAUAGAGCCCUCUCCAGCUGGUCGACUUCGCACAAAGCAAUCGCCGAGACAGCCCAUGGACGCCUUUGGUGUCCUUGAAGCGGUCGCUAUCCCAAGUUCGCUCGGACAAGCCACGCCGGCAACCAGCAAUACUGCCACACUGUCUCGAUCGCCCACAGCGAUACCAAGCGCCAUUGCUCUCGAGCCGCCCGCGCUCAGCCCCGACAUUAUCGUCAUCGAGUCGUCGGUCGACGAAUGCGCUUCCAGCCAAGAGGAUGUUACCGUGAGUCCCGUCGCUGCGGCCAUCGAGCCGAUGCCGGGCGCCGACGACGUGGCGCCUAAGGAGUCGGGCCGGCCAAAGCCCGUUAGCAGCACGUGUGCGCCGACACAGGACGCCGCGAUCGUCUUCGUGCCCGAGUGCGUCCCGGACGAAGCGCUCUGCAUCAGCGAGGGCUGGUGCUCGAUCUGCAACGGCGGCGACAGCCAGAAAGACGAUCUGAUUGUCUUCUGCGACCGGUGCGGUAUUCCCGUGCACCAAAGCUGCUACGGCAUUGCCUCUGUGCCGUCCGGUGACUGGUUUUGCCACCGCUGCGUCGAGCUCAAGGACACGACGAUCCCGAGCAAUACGAUGGUGUGCUACCUCUGCCAGCGCUACGGCGGCGCCAUGAAGCCGCUCCGAACGCUCUCACCCCGGGGCACACAAGCCUGGGCCCACGUGCUCUGCGUGUGGUGGGAUCCAGACGUGCUCAUCGAGGACAUGGGGCGCAUGGAGCCACUCUCGGUCGUGCACGAGCCACUCGCCGAGCGCCGCCAGUCGCCGUGCGUUCUCUGCGGCCGCAGCGAAGGCUGGCACAUCAAGUGCCACUGGACGCACUGCAACGCGUACUUUCACGCGAUCUGCGCGCGCAUCGGCGAGGCCAACCGCAUCCAGAAGCACCGUACACCGGUGUAUAGCAAGCUCAACGGCGCACGCGGCAUCGGCGGGCUGCUCCAGCUGGACAUGGACGAGGUGCCCCGGAUCGCGUACCACGCGUACUGCGAUCGCCAUGCCACUUGCGAGUUUGCUCUGGACGACCUCUGCGACAAGCUACUCGCGUCCGACCUCGUGCACGACGCCAAAGCGCUCGCCCGCCUCGACGCGCUCCGAACCUCGCAUGGAGACGUCGACAAAUUUCUUCAGUCGACCGCCAAGGCGCUGGUCCGCGUCGCCGAAGCGGGCGCAUCGACGGCUGGCGACGCCAAGGAGUACCAGAAGAGCCAUCUCCAAGCCGUCCAGCUCGUGCUCGAUCAUUUGCCCCAGAUCCACGCUACGUACCCUUCGUGCUCGGUGCACGCGCACGACCUCGUGCCCGAGAGUCUUCUCGAAGCGCUGAGUCAAACCUUUCUCGACGGAUCGCCCGACCCGUUUCUGCAGUGCCAUACGUGCGAGGCCGCCAUGCACCGCACGGAGAAGGUUUGGUAUUGUGGCAACCCGCGAGGGCCGCACGCCAACCACUGGAACUGUCUUCGCCAGCGCAAGGCCCACGCGUCGACGAAGCGCAAGCCUGAGAAGCGCCCAAAGCGCGCGGCCAAGCCCAAACCGCCAACGCCCGACGAUCUAUCGGCGCUGAUUCCGACGUACGACGACGGCGCCGUCUACUGCGGCAUGUGCGACCACAACGUCGACCUGCGGGCGCUCGUGUCGGUGGCCAAGCCCGGCGACGCAACCGAAACGACGGCGGCAGCGACCGUGCGCACCGUGGUGGCGCCGGCAAAACCCGACGGGCCGCUAAUCAAGGCGCGCCUCGGGCCGCCGCCCAGCGAUCGGUUCCGCGUCGAGCGAGCGUCGACCAUGUGCAACCACAUCAUUGGCCUCCUUCCGCUGCUGCAAGCGUACGAUGCGACGCCUCCGGACGACGACGCGGCCGCGCGGCAAGCCAUCGACGACAAGUUCCUCGCCCUCCUAAGUUACCUCAAGCCGUUUGACGGGUAUGCGUACGGGCGCGUCGACGACGUCUAUACGCUCUUCAAGACGCGGGGCCGCGGCCCCGGCCUCGCGAUGCUCAAGAACCUCGUGCGCGAGUACACGCGGCUCAUGUACACCAAGCACGUCCGCGCGCUCGAGAAGGCGGCGGCCGAGAAGAAAGCCAAGGAGCUCCAAGACGCGGCCGAGUUCAAGCGUGUUGGCGACGAUGCAGCGAUGAAGGACCACCUGCUCGCGAUGAAGAAGAAGGAGAAGGCACGCGAGCGCAACUUGAAGCGCAGGCUGGAAACCGCGAGCAAGCUGGCCAACAAAAAGAUUGCUUAA